GUUGUCAGUUUUGCCGGUUCAAUAUUCACCUUUUUUAAUAGAUGACAAUUUGGUGAAGAAGUAAAAUUUUGUCAGACAUUUUCAAUAAAUCAUCUUUAAAAAAUUUGCUUAGUAGAAAUAAUCCACAUAAAAAACAUAAAUCAUCAUGUCUGAGGAAUCAUUUUAUGGCGUUACAUUAAAAGGAAAAGACGAUACCGUAGAAUGGGAUGUUUUGUCUAAUGAUGCAGAUUAUCCUAGAGGACAGAAAUUGAUAAUUAAACAAAUUUUGUUAGGGGCGGAAGCAGCAGAGGGAGAAUUCAAUGUAGUUGAGGUACACACUGUAAAAGAUUCACUAAAAAUUCCAAUUGCUGUAUUAAAAGCUGGUGAAACCCGUGCUGUUAAUCCAGAUAUUGAAUUUUAUGACACAUCAGUUACAUUCAAAUUGAUUCAGGGUAAUGGACCAGUUUAUAUUCUCGGGCAAAAUCUAAAAGAUGAUGUUGAAGUAGUUGAUAUGGAUUCAGAUGAAGAAGAUGAAGAUGAAGCUGAAGAAGAAGAAGUACCCAAAAAGAAAAUAAAAUUAGAUAACAAUGCUGAUGCAAAAGGAAAAAACAAAAAGAAAUAAACAAUUAAUUUUUAAUAUAAAUAUUAAGUAAAAAACAAAUAAAAACUAAUUAAAAAAUAAUAUUAAAAAAAAAAAAAACAAAAAAAUACAAAAAUUUGAAUUAAUAAAAUUACCCUUUAACACAUUCUUACUUUAUAAAUGUUAAGUCAAAAGUAGAAGGAUAAUAAAAAAAAACAAAA